AGCACUCUCACCGCUAUAUUACGUCGCGAGUUAAAAAAAAAAUUGGCAGUCACACGUCUCAAAGACGCAAUUCGAACCAGUUACUGCGUCAGCAGUUCCAAGAUACGCAUACUUUUCUUCAGAUUCCAAGUCUUUUGAAAUUUGCAGAUGCAUGUCAAUCACCAUCGACAGACCGAAGCAAAGUUUGUUCCUAAUCAGUAUGACAGCUAGGUACAAGUAUCCAAGUUUUGUUGAAUGUCGAGCCUCUGUCGCAGUUCGGGCUUGGAUCUGAGUGUCAUGAGUACUCAUGGGUGACUGGAUAACCGGUCCUAGUAGAAGCGCUUUUACUAUCUUCUCUUACUCCACAUGCGUCGACCCUGCCGCCCAUUCUCCGCCAUAUCUGAGUUGUUGUCGUUCCACUCAACACCAGCACUUUUGACUUGCACAAAACUGCAAUGAAAAUACGUCUUGUACUGGCAAACAAUGGCAGCGUAGCUCGAGAUCACCUCUCAUUAGAACGAACCUUUCUGGCCUACAUUCGCACAAGCCUGGCCCUCGCUUGCGCUGGUGUGGCAGUGGUUCAAUUCUGCGCCAUCGCUUCAACGGGCCUGGGGAAUAUACAAGCUUAUGGCCGCCCAAUAGGUGCAUUCACUGUAGCUCUCUCCAUCAUUCUUCUCGUCGUAGGCGUCAUUCGAUUCUACUCGGUGCAGACACAUCUCACGCGAGGCUUAUUCCCGGUCUCACGAAUUUUCGUAUAUGUGAUAUCCACCUUUCUCGUAGCUCUGAUCGCUGUUGUUUUUGGCACCCUCGUAUCUGAGCAAAAGUCCUAUUAACUUGGAGGAGAGAAUGUUACUGCACGGCAAAACGGUGUCUUUCACUGGCGAGCGAACAGUGUAGACCCACUUUUCUUAAAAUUUGUGGGAGGUGCACGCUUCUACUGCCCUGCCUGUCUGGCACUACAUCUCAUGUUGAUACUCAUCCCGCGUUACCACCGAGUUUCUGUCACGUUUAUCCAACAAUCACACUGGCCCAAAAUUUCAAUUCAAUUCUGACACAUUACUUAGAGUAUGCAGGGCAGCAAUGUAAAGUCGUCCUCUCAAAUCCAAGCUUUUCUUUGC